AUGGCGACGAUACCUACGGCAGCGCCGCUGCUGUUAGAGGUUCCUCUCGCGUUUCCGGGAUCGUGUGCUUGUCCGCGUUACAUUGUAUACGAUGAUGAGCGCGCCAGUGUGACGCCUACACGGACCUGGCGGACCGACGCGGACUUUGACGCGGCGCGGGGUUCCCCCUCGGCGUUGGGGCGGGAUCUUUCUCACGCACGCUUUUCCGAUGCCUUUGUUUUGCGCGGUGCCGCCAGUGUAUCUGCUUUGAAGGGAUUGUCGACGACCUUGUCCUCUUUCACAAACGCUACCUUGGCGACGACAUUGUUGGCCGAACAACCCUGGAUUCUCUCCCUCACCCUCUUGAAUACAGCCCCAGCUCCGUCAGCGUCUGCGGUAAUUGCGCAACUCGAACUGGAUCUUUCCGAAACCCAAACACUCCGAGAUAUUGUCCGUGUACGAGCUUUUGCGUUGGAUCGGUUAACCGUGCGAUUAAUAGUCGUCGACACCAACGCUACUGCCCUGGUGCUGAACAUGGUGCUGCACGAACCGCGGGCGGCGUACGGCACCGCUACGGGUACGAGCAUUGACACUCCGUCACCGACGUUGAUACCGAAUCCGCAACUGACGGUGGUUUCCGUCACCAACUUGCUCGGCGACGACUUGACCUCCCGUAUGGCACCACCGGCACUGCGUCCUUCCAUGCUCGAAUUCCUCUCUGCCACACAUCUGCUCCUCUCACUCAAUCCGUUUUUACUCUGCGUCAAUCUGGAAUCCAACGAAAUUUCACUCUGGAGUCAGAGUUGGACACAACGAGCCAUGCAGUCGCGACAAUCCACCUGGACUCGGUGGAUUGGUACUGCCGCCGCCAACGCCGGCACCGCUGCCGCGACGGGUGCCUUGCACGGCACCCGCGGUAUCGUCCUCGACGACAUGCCGCCCGUCGCAGCCUUGACCGUCGCCGAGCACCUUGUCUUUACCCUACAUUCCGACGCAUCCGUUCGUCGAUGGAUAUUACCGACACGGACCGGGAACCCUUCCUCCGCGGACAGCGCCCUAUGGGAACCCCGGGAAGUGUGGACGCUCCGCGUACCCGCGCUCCCGUCCAGUGACCUCUGGUCCGAAUCGCCCGAAUCUACCCAACUCCAAGCGUGUUUGUACAACGACGCUCGCGUCUACGCACUCGUAGUGCAUAUUCAAACCACCGACGCGGCUGACGAAAUCUGUCACUUGGUCGUUGUUGACGGUGAUGUUGCCGCCGAAAGUGAAAUCACCACGUCCCGCGUCCAAACCGUGCCUCCCCAAGUAUCAGCCCUGGUCGAUAUGCAACUCCAUACCGGGCGCUGUGCUCUCUCCUGCUGGUACCGCUCUAAACAAUAUGCCGAUGCCGGUAGUGGAGACGGUACCAGUGUCGGUAGAAGUAACGGUAUCGGUGACUCGCACGACGACACCUCCCUCUGGGUGCACUACCAACCGUCCCACAGCACCAUGGUGAGCUCCCAACCGACCGUAACUGCGGCCUCUAAAGCCGGCCACGACGCUCUGUUGGAUGCUCUGGCACUACAGGAGCGUACUCGGAUUCUCAAUUUACACUAUAGUCCGUACGGGACCAACCUGACGGAUACUGAUUUGGAAGAAGCGCUCCACCAAAUCGACAAACUAUUUCUGUCGCAUCUCUUUCGACCCGAGUUUGUCCGUGGGACCGGCACCACGACUCCGCCAUUGGAGGCGAUUCUGCGCCGGGUGUUGCAUCAGCUCGUUCCUCACUAUCGCGACCCGGUGGGCGAAUGCGGUACGGAACGGCGGGUGCUGCUGGCUUUGCACGAAUGGCGGUCCCAGCAACAAAAUCGAAACCUUUGGUUGGCCAUGACGCCCGGUCGGCACCGUCACGAGCACGACCACCUUAUGACUCCCGGCACCACCACGGCGAACGCACCGCCCCAUACCAACAUGUCCCUGUACGAUUCCCUCUUGCAACUCGAGGAUGACGAGGAUCUGGAAUUAGGCAGCGCCAUGGACAGAGGAAUGAUGGAAGAAGACGAAGACGAAUGGGAGCGAGCCGAAAUCGACAAGGAGUCGCAGAUGGAAGCUCACGAAGAACGCUGGCGACAAUUCCUGUUGACCGUGUGGGAAGAAGAACGCAUGAUGCGCUUGCCGGUGGCGAUGGGUCUAGUUAGUUGCAGUACCGACCUCGGUAUCUUGGUACGCCCAUCGACUAUUUCCGUACUCGCGCAGCACGGUGACGGCCCACCGCUUGGUACCACCACGACUCCACUACUCUUGGAUCAAAUUGCGUCCAAACUCGUCACCGCCUUGGAAAUGGACGAGGUUUCGGCGGCACGCUUAUACGCUGCAGAGCAAGCCGUUCAUUCUGUGAUUGCUCGAGGUGACUUAGCUUGGCAUGCUACUGAAGUGGAUCGACUACCAGCGCUACUGCUUGUUUCUUUGCAGGACUGUUUAUGGGACGUUGUGAUGCCUCACGAAUCCAAUUUAUUGAUCGAAGGCCUAAAGAAUGCCACGGAAACAGAUCUUAUUCAAUUUUUGCUACGGCCACCGGUCGAAUCCACCUUGCCCGGGCUUGGACUGUUAGUAUCGAGCAAAGAUUCGACUGGAACAGCUUUUGCCUCAUCCAUAGAUGAACAGCAACGCUUGGCAACUUCCAGCUUAGCAACUCGCUGCAUGAAUUCGAUUCGUCGGCUAACGCUAGGCAGAUGUUUGGUCUUAUCCCAAAUUAUGACGACACGACCAAAUUCCAUGUCGGCUGCCUGGUUGAUUUAUUUUCAGGCUGUGGCGACGAUGUUUGUCAGCGCUCAGCAUAUUGCCCUGUCAAACUACAGUUUACCAUCGCCUUCUGCAGAUUCUCCUUCCUCGUCCUCUCCACUGACGAAACGACCAAGCUUUGGUAGUGGUGGCUCAGGAGUAUCAAACAGUAAGACGACAGUCUUGGACGCAUCGCUUCAAGCAACUUUCGAGCUUGAUGAGAACAAUACCACUUCAAUGACCAAGUCGAUAGCUCAAAGAGUCAAGUCUUUCUUGAAAAAGGCAUUUAAUCUGGCCUUGGUACCUCUUAACGAUACGCCAUCGUACAGCGCAUUACCAGAAUUGGGCAUCCUUCCAGGUUCUAGUGGGAACGUUAUUGAUCAACCAAAAUUGGCUUUGCGGCUGUUGGCUCCCGUCGUAGCGUUGCCACCUCCUUGUCCUGGCGGAAAAUCCAUUGUUGUUCGAGAAGAAGCCAUUGCGGAAUGUUUAUUGAUCGCUUCUCACUCAGAGUCAGACGAUAAGCGAUCACAAUCCAUGGUAGAAAAGGCCUUCAAACUGUUGAAGUUUGACGAGCAGGAUUUGGUUAAGGGGAUGCGUCGACUCGAAACGCUCCAACGGCACACGGCUUCUAGUACGAAUUUGGCUGGUUUGUUCAUCCUGUUUAUCGAAGAGGCUAUCCAGAAGAUGCAAGCCUUGCACGAUGAAGAUGCGCUGAAUUCCAUGCAUGAUUAUUCUACUUUGUGGUCAAACCUUUUCAACACUGCUAUUACUUCCUGCAAAUGGGACACCGCCUACCAUAGUUGCCUGAAUAAUCCCGAUCCGGCUCGCCGCGCGGGAAAUAUUCAACGUAUGGUACGAGCUAUGGUUGACGCCGGUGACUUGUCUGCACUAUUGAGCAAAUGCGUCGCACACGGCAGCAAGAUUACGGAAGAUUCACAUUUGGAGCUCUUUCGGAUGGGCGGGGAUCUCUACGGAAUUGCUGUGGAAACUUUAGCGGAAGCCAGUUCUCGCGAUUUAUACCUGUUUCAAGUGGUGAAGCCUGAGCCCUUGGCUGAUUAUCAAGCCGCAUUGUAUGUGUUGCAUUGUUCUCAAGGACAAUGGCGACGUGCGGCGCAGUCUUUGGAUCUUCGAUACGUCAAUGCUCGUACGGCUUUGUUGAACGGUCCUUCCGGUACCGAUCUCGACAACGACAAGAAGAUGCAACGAGAAUCCUUGAUCAUACACGAUAUGGCACUGGCUGCUCUCGGAUGCUCUAACGCAAUUAGGCUUGUCGAUGACAAGGACGUCCAUUUUAUCGUGUCAGGGGAGCAUGGCGCGUAUCCAUCACUACCAAUCAGUUUAAAUACGCAAACUUCUCCCCGGUCGAAGCGAAACCGUGGAUUGCAGAUUCUGGCCGACGGCGACGACGAAGUGAAUGCGCACAAAGGAGCGACUCGUCUAUCUCGCUAUAUGGACGUUACGGACAUUGAAACGAGGGGAGUGCGCGCCUCUGUCCUUUGUUCACUGUUUGAAGACGAUGGUGAUGGCUAUCACGCGGCCAAGACGGCCUUUUUGCAAGAAGUACCGACCAACGACACUGACAAUACGGUCCUCGACAAGCUUUUUUCCCGGGGAUACUAUGGUCAUGGCAUAGCUCUUGCUAGUAUGAUUGCCAAAGUUCAACAAGGCAAGCCGGAUGGGGUGAAUGUCUUUUAUGACUCUCUUUCGCACCUGGUUUGCACAUACCUUGUUCCCAUCGCAACGGAUCGGACGGCUAAACCCACGCGACCAACCUUUUCCCAAAUCCAGACUGCUUUUGACUCCGUUGGCGACCUCACCAACCCCUCGGUGCUGGUUGUAAGUCGUACGAAGAAGAUUUCGCUGCUACAAGGACAUGCUAUUCGUGAAGGUGCCAUGGCCUUGCUGCAGCGUCUCGUAUUGAAGUACACAUCAACGAAGUGCCCGGUGGCGGUUGACGUCGCGGCGGCCUUGCUGGGCAACGACCAAAGCGGGACUUCUCUACCAACCUGGCUGGAACAUUUGCUCGUCUAUGGAGCGGACCCAUCGGUUCACGCUCCGGGACUCUUUGCGAAACGACGCGUGGUCCACGCCGAAAAUGGGGCGCCCAACGAGUCGUUGUAUCUGGGAGAUCCAUCGAUUUUAUUGACGCUGUAUACGGAACGUGGCCUGUACAUGGACGCGUGUCGCGUGGUGGAGCUGGUACUCACGGACCCGUCCCGCAAGACAAUGGCCGCGUCGUUUAUACCCGAAAAGGGUAUGAUAGAUUUUGUUCCCUACCCCAAGAUAGAUUUGUUGCACAGUCUGAUGGAUGUUGUUCUCCGGAAGAACGGCGUGGAUGAAGACACGCGGGAGGAGUUGAGGGCCUGCCAGGAUUCAUUGCGGGAUAGUCUGGAACAGCACUUUAGGCUACUCAAGAUUGGGGAGAGCGGUUUACGGAGUGCGCGCGCCUUGGCGUAAGCCGGGGGCUGCCCAAAAGGCCAAACCGAAACGUCGCUCCAUUACGAAAGAGUAGAAAAGGCUAUACCGUAUGCAACUAGGUAGUCAAUGACGAAGUUCUAU